GCAAUACAUAAUUUUCAAAAAACCAAAAGGUUAAAUUGAUACACACCUUUGUUAGGGUUAGUGUGUUUCCACACGGCCAUAUCUCCAUGUUACAGCGUGUGGUGUGUAUGGAAGACAGAGACAACUGUACCACCAGUGCUAAUGAUCUAGCAUGCUCAACAGGACUAAAGGAGCCUAACGUUGCUUUACUCCUUAGUCCAAGGACGACAUGUUCUGUUUAAAAGGCGAAUUGGCUCUGGAAGCCAAAACACCCAAAUACUCCAUCUACACGAGAAAUGAUUCUCAAUUGCGGUUUAGAAACAUAAAUCCCUCUACUUUCAAAUCACAUCAAAAGCGUUUCAGAAAUGCAAAAUACACACUUACUGUACACUGUUUAACCGGUUUACAGUAUUUUUCAGUGACAAUACCUGUGUGGUGUUUUUCUUCAGAUAGCUAAUUAGCACACGUAGUCAGUCCACUCUGUCUUCUGUCUGUUUUCUGUAAACAAGCGGCUGCAACAUGGAAAUAUGGCACUGUGGGAACCCCAACUCAAUAAAGGUUGCAAAGUUGGGUCGACGGGGUCAACGUACUCGACAGGCUGCAGAGCAAACAUCUCUGGAGGAGCCUCGACACGUCAGGAAAUCCUCUUCUUCUACAUCGAUGGGAGAGGGACCCCCUCCUAAACCAGCCCGCAUGCAAGGCGGCUGGGCUGAAGAGACUUCUGGAUCAGCCAAGUCUGGAAGAAGACCUGCCAUGGUGCAGGACGUGGAAGAUCGACGCCUGCGACCACAAACCCCCCAGGGCUCGGAUGAUGAAGGAGAUAUACCGGUGAUCCCAGACCUUGACGAAGUACAAGAGGAAGACCUUAACAUGCAAGUUGCUGCUCCUCCAAGCAUCCAGGUGAACCGGGUAAUGACAUACAGAGAUCUGGACAAUGACCUCAUGAAGUACUCUGCCUUCCAGACCCUGGACGGUGAGAUUGACUUGAAGCUCCUCACCAAGGUUUUAGCUCCAGAGCAGGAGGUGAGGGAGGAGGACGUGGGUUGGGACUGGGAUCGUCUGUUUACGGAGGUGUCCUCAGAGCUGCUGACGGAAUGGGAUCAAGGAGAGAAGGAGGAGCAGGUCCCGCUGUCUGUGUUAUGAGGACAAGCAUCCCCAAGUUGGGAUAAAGUGGACCAGAACGUCUCCUCUGGGACCUGGGUGGGUGCAUGUCAAUGCUCCGUCGAAACAUAGGGACCAUCAAAUAUAUGUAGCUUGCCUCGUAUUGUUGUUCAUAUUCCAAAUGUCUAUUUCCAAGUGCAAAAUGUAUUUUAUUUCCUAAUACAUUUGAACAAACCA